AAAUCUGCAAGUUGCAACUAUGUUGGCUGAAUGUGGGUCAUAGGAACAAGACCCUUUCUUUCAUGCACCUAUUCUGGGUUGUAUGCACACACAGUUCACAUUGAAAAAGCUCGUGGCUUUAUGUUCUGUUUCGGCUGUGUAAUUUAUUGGAGUCGUUACAGGCCUUAAAUGCACAUCCCCUUCCUUUGCUUCUAUCCAAUUUCAAGUCCCCUUUUUUGUGGUGGCGUGUCAAAAGUGUUGCUUUCCUGGCCAUUUAUUACUGUUCUCACCCUUCUUUGCUGGGCUGUGCUGCCGAUACCGAUCGUUGCUCGUUUGUUAUUUUUACUUUUUUUUUUACAAUGCAAAUUUAAUGCCUAAUAACGACCUCUCACCUCUCUGUGGCAAGAAAUUUGUUGAGAGAAUCUGCUCUUUCUGUUUUGUUUUGUUUUUUUCCUCUUACUGUAAGUUUCCUGGUUUUGCUAAACUCAGGAGAUUAAAUCCUUCUGUGCAUUUGACUACUCCAAGGCUUCAUUAGGAGAGUGAUUGCGAGUUACUUAAUGUAAUUGAUAGGUUUCUCUACCAAAACUAGUUUCUAGAUUUUUGUAAGUCUGAAUUCAUAGAUUUAUUCCUAUUUUUCCUGGUGUGUUCUCUGCCAAAUUUUUCUUGAAGAAAUUGAAAAUCAUCUCUUCAUAUUCGGGAAGAUUGGGCAAAUUGUUCAGCAAAUCAAGCUGCUCUACUAGGAACCUGAAAGUGAUAUUCAAUGACUUUCCAGGAGGAGCAGAGAGCUUUGAGCUCAUGUGCAGGUUCUGUUACAAUAAUGGCAAGAUCGAAAUAACUCCUCUCAAUACAACCCUCUUGAGUUGUGCUGCGAAUUUCAUGGAGAUGAGCAAUUCUAUCUCCGGAAACGAUAACUUAAUCGAACAAACAGAGAAAUCUCUUGAAGAGAUCAGACAUUGGACCUGGUCUGAACUUAUGGCUGCGCUCAGGCAGUGCCAAAAUUCUUUUCCAGUGGCGAGUAAAUCUGGCCUACUCGAAAGAUGCUUGGAUUCUAUCACUCUGAGAGUAGCAUUGGCAAGUGAACCGAGUCCAAGUCCGUCGACUUCUUCAUCGGAUUAUUCCGGGGUCCGGUUUUCGUGCGACACGAAGAGCACGGAGAGUUUGAAGAACAGCUUCUCCCGAGCGACGUGGUGGUUUGAAGAUCUCUUAAUCACGGAUGUGAGUUUGCUUGAGAUGAUGGUCAGGUCCAUGAUUAAGCAAAAAGUCGAACAUGGUACAAUUAGCAAGUUCCUCUUCUUUUACCAGAAAUCCAAGUUCCAUAAUGCCGGGCCUCACGAGAAGUGCAAAAUCAUGGAAAUGGUCGUCGAUUUGCUCUGUAGUCUGGAGCUGAGUUCCGUCCCUUGCAAAAGCUUAUUCGGGAUUCUGAGAGUUGCUCUGGGGUUGAACAUAAGCAAAGGUUGCCGAAACAAGUUAGAGAUUAUGAUCGGCUCUCAGAUGGAUCAAGCGACAUUGGACAAUUUGCUCGUUCCAUCUCCUCAAGGGACGAACUCUUUGUAUGACACAAAUGUUGUACUGAGGCUAGUGAAAGCAUUUCUGAAGGAAGGAACUUGUGAUGUGCCUGAAGUGCAGUUGAAGAAAGUGGCUAACUUAAUGGAUCUGUAUGUAGCUGAAGUAGCGCCUGAUCCAUGUUUGAAACCUUCGAAGUUCCUCGCUUUGGCUAUGGUCCUUCCCGAUUCUGCAAGGGACUCGUUUGAUGACAUGUAUCAUGCUGUGGACAUGUACCUAGAGGUGCAUGCAGGAUUGUCUGAAGAAGAAAAGAUCAAGAUGUCCCGUGCCUUGAAUUAUAGGAAGCUCUCAGCCGAAGCUUGCAAACAUCUUUCGGAGAAUUCAAAGUUCCCAUCCAAGAUCAUCGCGCAAGCUGUGAAUUCUCAACAAUUCAAGCUCAAAAGCUUGAUCCGAGUGUCCAGCAAUUCUAGUGCCUUCACCAGUUCACCAUGCAGUUUCAGUGACAACAUCAAGAAAGACGAGGCAGGCGAACAGAUAGUACUCUAUGCAGGGGACCUUGAACUUUCAACCGAUAAUGUGAGGCUCAGGGCUCAAUUGCAAGGGAUGCAAUCGAGGGUGACGGAAUUAGAGAAACUUUGCCGGAAAAUGCAGAAUCAAAUGGCCAAGGUACUCAGAUCGAGAGUGUCGUCAAGCCACAAAAGCAGAUCUUUACCGAGGCUAUGCUCAUGAUAAUACUAGGCAAAUAACUUAUGAAUCUUCUGUCUUCAUAGAUAUUUGUGAGGGUUGUAUAGCAAGAGCAAUGUGUCCUUAUGCUUGCUUUUUUUGUUUUGCCCACCUUCUCUUUUUGUGCAAAUUGAGCUUGAGGUCAAUGGUGAGUUGUUUCUUUUACAAGAGAUUCAGAUCAUGGUUGUACAGCUACAGGGAAGAGGAACGAGAGCUUGCGCUUUUCCAGACAAAAAGCACGGAAUAUAUUAACACAUGCAUGUUCUUGGUGUCA